AAGAAAUCCCAAACGCCAAAAAGCUUAGCUGAAGUUGAAUCACCAAUAAUAGUCGCAUCAAAAUUUACAAAGGGUCCAACCAUGCUUGCAUCUCCUCUCGCCACUUCACACAAUACAAAACUCUCUCCGUUGAUCGCCACACGCCCCUUCCCACCCCGACCGGCAAAACCCAAUUAUUAGCGUCGUCGGGAAUGGCUGUGUUGAACGCGUUUACGGGAGCCAAGCUCGAGUCUUUGCCGCUUCGCAAUGCCGGCGCGUCCACUUCCGCGCCCAUUGCUGUGUUCUGCAAUUCGGGUCGAGGUAGAAUGGCUUUAGUCCAUAAGGGUUCGCUCAAUUUCGCCGUCAGAUGUGAAUCGGCGACGUCGGACGUUGUGGCUCCGACUGAAUCCACGCCCGACUCUGCCAAUGUGGCUUUGGCUUCCAGCCUUUCUGCUCUUCAACAGCUCAAGACAUCAGCUGCUGACAGAUAUACAAAAGAAAGGAGUAGUAUCGUUGUUAUAGGGCUCAGUAUCCACACUACACCAGUAGAAAUUCGCGAGAAGCUUGCUAUCCCUGAAGCGGAGUGGUCUAGAGCGAUCGGGGAACUCUGCAAUUUGAACCACAUUGAAGAGGCUGCUGUUCUUAGUACCUGUAACAGGAUGGAGAUAUAUGUUGUAGCGCUUUCUCUGCAUCGUGGCGUUAAAGAAGUCACUGAAUGGAUGUCAAAGAUCAGUGGAGUUCCUGUUUCAGAGAUUUGCAAGCACCGGUUUUUGCUGUAUAACAAAGAUGCAACGCAGCACCUAUUCGAGGUAUCAGCGGGGCUGGACUCGUUGGUUUUGGGAGAAGGCCAAAUCCUUGCACAGGUGAAGCAAGUGGUGAAGGUUGGGCAAGGGGUGAGUGGUUUUGGAAGGAACAUUAGUGGACUGUUCAAACACGCGAUCACUGUGGGGAAGAGGGUUAGAACUGAAACGAACAUUGCAGCUGGGGCGGUUUCUGUUAGUUCUGCUGCUGUUGAACUGGCGUUAAUGAAGCUCCCCGAGGCCUCCCAUGCUAGCGCUAGGAUGUUGGUGAUUGGGGCGGGCAAGAUGGGGAUGCUCGUGAUCAAGCACUUGGCGGCAAAGGGUUGUACGAGGAUGGUGGUUGUAAAUAGAAGCGAGGAUAGAGUUGCUGCGAUUCAGGACGAGAUGAAAGAUGCCGAGAUAAUCUACAAGCCCAUGUCUGAGAUGCUAAACUGUGCUGCAGAAGCAGAUGUGAUCUUUACAAGCACUGCUUCAGAAACCGCCUUGUUUCUACGAGAGAACGUGAUUGACCUUCCGCCUGUAUCCCCUAGCGUCGGGGGACUAAGGCUCUUCGUGGACAUCUCGGUCCCUAGGAACGUGGGUGCCUGUGUCGACGCUCUCGACACUGCACGAGUCUACAACGUCGAUGACCUUAAGGAGGUCGUUGCUGCAAACAAGGAGGACCGCCUUCGCAAAGCCAUGGAAGCGCAGGCAAUUAUCUCUGAGGAGUCCAGCCAAUUCGAGGCCUGGAGGGAUUCCCUGGAAACAGUCCCAACCAUCAAGAAACUGAGAGCCUAUGCAGAACGAAUCCGAGUUGCAGAGCUCGAGAAAUGCAUGUCGAAAAUGGGCGACGACAUUACAAAGAAGGCGAGGAAAGCAGUGGAUGAUCUCAGCAGAGGGAUAGUAAACAAGAUCCUCCAUGGUCCUAUGCAGCAUUUAAGGUGCGAUGGGAGCGACACCCGGACUCUAAGCGAAACCCUCGAAAACAUGCAUGCCCUUAACAGGAUGUUCAGCCUGGAAACUGAGAUAUCAGUUCUGGAACAGAAGAUUAGAGCUAAAGUGGAACAAUCACAGAAUUGAAGACUAAAACUUAUUCAAUCUGUUUUCUCAAUUUUUAUUAGCUUCUUCCAACAUUGUUACACUCUGCAAAUCCUUAUUAAUGUCACUAUCAGCUAUGAUGUUACAAUUAUCAUCUCUUAUCCCAAUCCUAAUACUUUUUUUUUUUAGUA